AUGCCAUCUGCUACUCCGGGCUAUGCGCCUGACCUCGAGAAAUAUCUCAAAUCCUUGAGAGGGCAGCCAUUGGAGGCUGCCGUCGAGAACCUCAUCUCUUUGCUCAAGAGGAGACAAAUUCGAGGAUCCGAACCAUGCGCUGUUGCCACAGCCCAUAUUCUGCUACAAGUCGUUGCUCGAUCCAAAUGGCAAGACGUUGACGGCCUCAUUGAUAAUGUCACGCGAAUCGGUCGACGUCUGGUCGAGGCACAGCCUAAAGAGCUUGUCAUUGGCAAUAUUGUACGACGAAUUCUCUCCCUCAUCCGUGACGAAGCCGUCGAAGAUCGAAAUGAGCUAUCCAGCGAAACUCAGAGCGAAGCACCCAUGACUCCUCCUCGCGGCGCGAAUCCGGCAAACCUGUCACUACUCCAGUCGCCGCCCUCAACCUACGCGAAACAAGAUUCAGCUGGAGACUACCUGUCCAACCCAGCGGUAUCCCAAACAAGACCGGGGCCGGUACCAUCGUACAGCUCUGUGAAUGUUCCCAAGUCUCUCUUCCACCUCCUUUCUGCUUCCCCACCAUCCCUUGGUGACGGCCUGGGAUCGCCGCACCGAAUGUCGGGUGCUUCUACCCCUACACGCAGUGCAUUUCAGACUAGUAGCCAGGUCCAUGCUCUACGAUCAGAAGUUAUUGACGGAAUUGAAGAAAUUAAGGACGAAAUUAGCCAGGUGGAUGACCAAAUCGCGGCUUUAGCAGAGGUACAAAUUCGUCCAGGAGAUCACAUCAUGGUUCACCAACCUUCGCCCACGGUCCAGCGUUUUGUUCUUCGUGCAGCGGCCAAGCGCAAAUUUACCGUCCUGGUUGUGACGGAACCUUUACGAAAGCAGAGUGAGGAAGUACAAUACGCCAACUUUCGCAAGAAGCUGUCGAGCAGUGGCAUUACGGCCAUCAACGUCAUGAACUCUGGUUUGAUGGCUUACAUGUCAAGAGUUAACAAGGUGAUCCUUGGCGCCAGAAGCAUUGUUGCAAACGGAGGGGCUGUUACGGAUGCUGGAGCUGCCACCAUUGCCAGAGCCGCGCGUGAACAAGGCAACGCAGUUGUGGUCUUGGCCGGUGUUUACAAGCUUAGCCCUGUCAACCCCUUUGAUGAAGGUUCGCUUAUCGAGUGGGGAGACUCAUCAAGCUUUGUUAGCUUUGCUGACGGAAGCAUGGUCAAUAAUGUGGAAAUCCGAACCCCCGUGACGGAGCUGGUGCCAGCCGAGUUCAUCGACACAUAUGUCACCAAUCUGGGUACCCACUCACGCGAUCACCUCGCCAGCUUAAUUGCAGACCACUACAAGCAGGAGGAUGCUGAUUUCCACCUCGGAGUCCCAUCCGAACGAUGA